AUGUGCACUAGCGCCACCUCUUCGAGUGGCGUAGAAGGAGGCGGAGCUGCAGGUAGGUAAAUAAAGAGUUUUUAAACCUUUUUCACCAUGGCUGGGGAAGAGAGGUGGGGUGGGGCAGGGGGUGCAGAAAAGGAGGGGGAGGCCGAGGGAACUAUAUCCCUUUAAAGCCGGAGAGCCAAGGCAUUGUUUGUUGGUUCAUUUGAUGUGGUGAAAAGAAUGCUACACAUACCUCAAUUUUGUUGUCUAACCUCUCACUACUGCAGCUGUAUCUUUGACCAUUCAAACAUUGAAGAGGAAAACAAGAGGUCAUCACUGGCUUCUACUGCCCAGAAAUCCCUUUAACGGUGGGUAACACACAUAUUCAACAUAAAUGUGUUAACAAAGAGCAUUGGCAUUUUAUAUAAUUGUUUUAUAAAUAAUAUAAAGACAGCAAAUGCUCCAAAAUUCAUCCUGCAUAUAUAUAUUUAAAAUUAAACAAAAUUGUACCUCUCACUAACUUGGCCUGGAUAAAUACAUCAUACAAUAUCUAAUAAAGAACUAAGUAUUGAAUAGUUUGGCCUAACAGGUUUAGAAAAAUCAAUACAUUUAUUGUUUUUUUUUAUUAUAACUUGCCUUUUUCUGGUCUAUAUUUUCCUUUUUCUUGUCCAAUUUGUUAAGGCUAAGCAGAGCUUUCUCUUGAUGACAUAAUCAUAUCUUGAUAACCCAUUAUUUUGAAUGUUAUAUAUAAAAGUGAGCUAAAUAUUUUCUUACAAUUAUCUCGUUGUUAAAAUGUAACUACUACAAGUAAACAAUACUACAAGCUAUGCGUAUCCAUUUUGGAGGGAUGCUUAGGAUUUUGUCCUUAUGUUCCAGGAAGUAUUAGCCGUGAGCAUAACGGUGGACAAGUGGAACAUUUACGAAUCUGGAAAGCCCUCAAUAUUCCUGUAAUAUGUGUAGAAUGUAAAAUGUAUAGGUACAGUACAUUGUUAUAGACAAUAUUGGCACUUGCUAAAUUAAAAGCUAAUCAUUAUUUUUCACUUGAAUGUGUAAUAAAUAGAAUAUCAGUGAAAUGAUUGGCACUGAUGGAUUAUGGACUAUAUUCUGUGUAGGUGGCAGUUGGUUUGGUGAAGGAAGGAUGUGAUACACAGUACAUGCAAUCAGAGGCGUAACUAGAAACCAUGGGGCCCGGUGCAAAAAUUGCCCUGCCCCCCAUCCCAUACAUCUACCCCCCCACACCAUAGUCACCGCCCCCCCCACACAUUCAGACAAACAGAUAAACAUGUAGACACACACACAGACACACAUACAAACACAUACACACACAAACAGACACAUACAUACAGACAUACAAACACACACACACAGACUGACAUACAGACACACACACACACAUAUAGACAUACUAAUACAGACAUUCUCUAUCACACACACUCUGACUCCCUCCUCUCCUCCUGCAUGGUGCUCUGUUGUAGAGAUGUCGCGAAACGUUCGCGAACUUCCCGCGAACGGCUCGCCGCGGUUCGCCACGAACCGUUUGCGGCAAGCUCCGGUCAGCUGACACAUUCCAGCCAAUCUCCAGCAGACCCUCCCUCCCAGACCCUCCCACCUCCUGGACAGCAUCCAUGUUGAAGCUGCCGGGAAGUUCGCGAACGGUUCGCGACAUCUCUACUCUGUUGGCUGGGAGGAAGUGACAGUUUCCUCCCAGCUCUGACAUCAUUACUGGUCAUGGUCUUUAAGCGCCGCAGCGCUGACCGGGCCCCAGGAGAUCCAUUGACAAGAGCAUGGGCCACCCGAUGGGCUCCUUCAAUGUGGCCACGCGGUUUUUCCGCGCGCUUGGGCCGUACCAAAAUGGUGGUGGGCACCCCAGUAGCAGGGUUCGACAGGGCGACCAGACCCCCUGGAACGACAGCCUGGUCACAGCUGCGACCCCUGCGACCGCGGUAGUUCCGCCAGUGCAUGCAAUAAAAUUAAACACGUUUCUCCCUUGCGUGCAUCCUGAAAUUCUCUGCUGUCUCACUCAUUUUUUAAAGAAAAGACUAGUUUCCUGUAUUCACCAGAUUUUAAACCUUGUUACCUGUAUCAUAAAACACGUACAUAACUAUUUACAAUACUUUUAAUGUAUGAAUCAUUUGAGGUGAGGCUUUAUUACAUGAAACAAGGGGAUUUUUUAAAAAAAUAUGAGAUUGUACCUGUAGUGUGUAUCUCAUAGGAUUAAAUAUUCUUAUUGUAAGCAUGCACAUUAUUUGUAUGUUUAGUAAUCGACUCGACUUUACAAGUUACAACCAUCCUACUUCGCUCCCCCAUUAGCAGAACUGUCAUCCGCACUAUUGACGGUAAAUAACGACAGCGCAAUCAAACAAAUUAAUUAAGAGACCCAGCUUGUAAAUCAAUAAUAAUUUAAUACUUAAAGUGCAUUAAUGCUUUGUAAUAUUUUUUCUUUAUUGAGAACACAAUAGUGAGGUCAUCGUAAUAAAGAUGUUAAUAUCAAGCCACCUGCUAGCAUUUCAUUCAACACAAACCAGCCAUUAGUGGCAGAUAAAUGCAAGCAAGAUUUUUAAAAUAUUAUGUUAUGGCAAGAGCUCUGUGACGCUAUAAAACAUAGUCUAUAAAUUACAAGCGGACGAAAGAAAGUAGUAUUCGCUAUUAAGAUCUAAACAAGAAAAGUCUGAAUUAAAAUGGAAUAUUUAACCAUGAAUGCGGAUAUAAAUCCAAAUGUUGCUAAAAGAAUGCUCACUAGACACAACCCAUAACGGGCAAUCAGUUUAAUAACCUUCUCGUAGCAGGAUAAGUGUAUUAUCAGCACAUUUCUCAUUGCUUUCAAGUCAGACCUAAGCAGUUUUGCGGAAAAUAAACCACUUAGAUUUUUGUUAAAAUAUCCAUAUUUUUUAUUCUUUCAAACUUACAAGAUCUACAUUGCAGGUACUUUAUAUAAGACUGGAUAAUUGGAAUAAUGGGGUUUAUUCCAAUAAAUGCAUCAACACUUUUUAAAGACCUUGCCUUUGAUUUUCUGCUUAUUUUAAUUAUUGCUGUUUUAUUUUGCUUUGUGUAAAUAAUUUGUAUUCGAGUUAAUCAGAAUUAGCUUUCUUUAUUUUUAUACCAGCUUGCCCAUGACCUUGCAUGAUGACAGUGGAAAGGUAGGAUUCAAUUAGGUUAGCAGAACAAACUGGUACAAUUCAUUUAGAAAGUUUUGGUUCUUGAGCUACAGAGCUUCAUUAUAAUUUAAAUGAAGCAGCAGUGUGGAUGUGCCUAAUGGGAGUGGGCUUCACGUCAGAUACAUAGCUGUUUGUCCCAAAUGCUUUCAGUCAGUAAGGGUAAACAUGUGCCAUUUGAUGUACAUAUCUAGCUAGGAAUCUGCGUGAGCCACAUAUUGUAAGCAUGCACAUUAUUUGUAUGUUUAGUAAUCGACUCGACUUUACAAGUUACAACCAUCCUACUUCGCUCCCCCAUUAGCAGAACUGUCAUCCGCACUAUUGACG